AUGUAUAACUCCGGAGGAGACAAAUUUGAGAGAGGUAAAGUCAUGGUAAAGAACAAGGUUGUGCUGGUGGUACAUGCCGACAUCGAGCCAGGACGAGGCGGAGGUGGAGCAAAUCUACGAGCAAAUAGACGAGAUGUUGUCUCAGAAAGGCAAAAUAAAGGUCAACGUGGUGAUCAUCAGAGUUAUGUAUCAUCGAAUUGUGGGAAAAUUUUAAGCGGGUCUAAAGGUCCGCAGGCAAGCCACGACGAUUCUCUCGAUUUGGAAGAAAUCGAGGAAGAAGACGAAACAGUGGAAGAAGCAGAAGAGAGUAAAUUUUGCACGUUGCCGCGCAAUGGACCAGCUGCGAGAGGGACAUUCACCAUAAAACAGGCAAUAUUUACAAAAGGACCCGGUCACAAAGGAUUAGGAUUCAGUAUUGUGGGCGGGAGAGAUUCUCCGAAAGGUUCAAUGGGAAUUUAUGUCAAAACUAUUUUCCCCAAUGGCCAAGCAGCGGAUUCUGGAAGUGUAAAAGAAGGUGAUGAAAUUUUGGCUGUAAAUGGUCAACCGUUGCACGGUUGUAGCCAUGCAGAGGCUAUAGCUAUGUUCAAAGCAAUCAGAGCUGGACAAGUGCAACUGCAUAUUGGACGUCGAGGCGCUGGACGACGCAAACGUGAUAUUGUUACUGCUUCAAAGCUAAACUCUGUUAGCUUACCCAAAUCGCCAGCCAAUAAUAAUAAUUCUCGUUAAAAUGAUGUCAAAAUUAUUAGACUUUCAUUUUUACUCUAUUAUAGGAAUUUACAUAUGUGUUUUUAUUAGAGGAUAGUUGGAUAACCCGGACAAUUAAGAAAACAAAAAAACUUGAGGUUACAUAUUUAUUGCAAAUGCACAUUGAAACUUAUUUUGAUGUCUUUAAUAAACGCUGGCGUGUAGUUUUUUUCUAAACAAAAUGACUUCUCUUAAUAAUAAGAGACAGUUAUUUGCUUAGAUUCUCAUUGCUAAAAU